ACUAUACUAACUCUAAUGCAAUAUUGAAUUCUGAUACUAAUCCUGAGCAUAAUAAUACUUCUAGUGAUGAAUUAUCAAGUGGAAAAAAUAUUAGUGCAGACCUUGAUAUGAUUACAGAUCAUUCUAAUGAAACUAGUAAUACAGACCAUUCUAAUAAAAAUAAUAAUUCAAACUGUUCUAAUAAAAAACCUAGUACUAAUAGACAACAGGAAUGUGGGCAGUUAGUUAAGACUCAGAGUUCAACUAGUAACUUUCAAGCAUAUUUAAAUACACAUAGAAUUACUAAACCUGCCAAAGUCGUUGAUGCAAUCAAACAACUAACAAUUUCUAAAAUGUUCUAUCAUGCUGCUAGACAAAAUACCUGUCAAAAAAAAUCUAUCAAUUAUGCUUUGAAAGUUCUUGAGGAAUUAACUAUAAUUUUGGCAUCUUUUGCCGAGAUUACACAAUUGCUAGGAGGUAAUAAAGAACUUGAUUUAACAAAUAUGUUAACUAUUUUUGAUGAAAAGGAAGAAGAGAAUAUAGUUGAUGUGAAUGAAGAAUUGGAAAUAAUUAUUACAGCUAAUGAAGAUAAAUUUAAACUUAGUCAACCUCAAAAUACAGAUAACCUAGUAGAAAAAAUAAAGGAGAGUUUAUAUAAAGCAUUAGACUAUUAUUGA